AUGCAAGAUCUGAAUCUACGCUGGGAAAGAAGUAAAGCGGGCAUGAUGUCGAGCCUCCAAAACGCAAAGGACGAUGACGCAGAAAUGCUGGCGGCCUUGCCCAACCAGCCCCUGCUCAACGCGAACAAGAGCAAGGAGAAGACCAACAAGACCUUUAGCGUGAGUCGUCGCCUUGGUCUAGCCGGAUUAGUCGUAGCCACUGUGGCCUUUUGGGGCAUGACUCUCCUUCAAGAAGCUACCAAAGAGACUAAUGAUCCCAUGAAUAUGAUGAUGUACGAUGACGAAAUGUUGGCGAGCAUGGAUCCAACAUUUGUGGCACAAUUGCUCGAGCAGCGACGAGAAGACGAGGAGAAAAAGACGUGGGCUGGGUAUUUGUAUCACACAUACUUCUCCUGGAUCCAAACCGAACGAGGUUCCAAACCAGCACCUCCCAUCAAUGAUUUUGCCUUUGAUGCCGUCUUUGGUAGCAAUAUGGUUCUCCAGCAUGGCUCCAAGGCGGCUGUCUAUGGAUUCUUAGGUUUCAAGUGUACUGCCGUGCAGUUGGAUGUCUAUGACGAGGACGCAAAAAAGAUGGCAUUUACCAGCAAGGAUGCUAUGAUCAAUGUCACCAAUCAGCCCUUUGGCAAAGAAUGGGGUAUCCGCCCUUGUCCCAAGAUUGCUUGUCCGCCCUAUGAUAUGAAUCCUUACAAUCCUUGGAACGCACCUUUGGGAACUUGGAAGUUUCUGCUGCCUCCUCAGAAUCCCGGUGGCAACUACACGAUUACGGCUACCUGCAUUGGGGGCGAAGACAAAAACGUUACAUCCCUUUCCAAUGUAGCCUUUGGGGACAUGUGGUAUUGUAGUGGGCAGUCGAAUAUGUGGCUUCCGCUUCGAAAUUCCUUCCACAUCAAUCAAACUAGCAAGGCCAUUCUCCAAGGCAAGUACAACAAUAUUCGCAUCAUGGCGGGUAAUUCGGGCAAUCAUCCAUACGGUCAUCGCGCUUGGCAACCCAACAAGUACGGAGACGUGGGAGGCUCCAAUGCCUGGAGAACAGCUUAUCAAGCUGUCACUCCGGAAAACCCGGGAAAGUCUCCAUUGUUGGAUUUUGGUGCAGCUUGCUGGUACUUUGCCCAGAGCUUGGUAGACAGCGGCGUGGAUAUCCCCAUUGGACUGUCCAAUACUGCCAUUGGAGGACAGAGAAUUCAAGAGUUUAUGAAUAAUGCCACCAUUGAAAAGUGCCAAAAUCGUUCUGGAUCAGGUCCGCAGGAUUUGCGUCCCUACAAGCGACAGCUCUGGUGGGAUUCGCAGUUGUUUGCUACACAAGUCUUGCCCUUUUCGGAUAUGACUGUCAAGGGAUGGGUCUGGUAUCAAGGAGAGAACAACAUGUUUGAUUUGAAGGGCAAUGCCGACGCAGGAGUGGGCUACAGCUGCGAAAUGAAACUCUUGAUUGAACAAUGGCGAGAAUUGUGGAGUAAAACACCAGGUACCACAGAUCCAGAGGCGCCCUUUGGAGUAGUCACUCUGGCAUCCGGUGGAAGUGAAGGUGGCCCAGAUAUGGGCGCGAUGCACCUGGCUCAAACUGCCAACUAUGGUGUCUUGCCAAGUCCAGACUUGCCUAAUACGUUCCUAGCCCAGGCUUAUGAUCUCGACGACGAGUGGGGGCCUGAUUUAGGCGCAUGUUUCACCAGCAACUGCUGCGAGGUCAAGAAGAAACAUUACGAUCCCAAGACGUGCAACGACACGUUGCACAAGAUUUGUUACCAGCCAAACGGAGCUUGCAUAGCGUCGUUGGGUACUCCUCAAGUCAUGGGUGGUAUCCAUCCUCGCAGUAAGAAAGCUGUGGGCGAUCGCUUGGGCACCGCAGCCUACAACUUGAUCUAUGGCGGCAAGGAAGCCUACACUGGACCCACUCUUCAGGGCUGUUCGUUCAAGAAUAAUAUCUUGGAAAUCCGUUUCAACAAGACUCUGAUGAGAGGAGAUCAGUUGGCGACACCAGUCAUUCCGCCCGCACUUCCCAAGCCCGAGAGGUUCCAUCCUCUUGCCGGAGGCUCCCAGUUGUUUGUACAGGUUGACGAAUCGCAGUAUUGCCUAGAGGGGAAGAUUACAUACAGCGGCACUGGACAGAAGGACGAUCCGAGGUACUUUUAUUGCCCAGAAUGGGCUGGCGGAACAAAGGACCAGGCCACGAAUCCAACCACCCAAGCCUAUGAUGAAGGAUGGAUCAUGGUCAACUUUGCUUUGGCUCCUGGAACAACCAAUGCCAUCCACGUAGACUUGGCGCCACUAAAUGGUUCCGCGCCAACGGCAGUCCGAUAUGCCUGGGGUACUCUUGACUGCUGCGACUAUUCGGAUCCCUACCUUUACGUGACCCACAAUUGCAUUGCCAAAUGUCCCUUGCAAGCCGCCAAGAGCAAGCUCCCUGCCAAUCCCUUCUCUGCACGCAUUGUCAAUGGGCAGUGUCAGUGUGUCGCCCCACAAAUUUGUAGUGACAGCGUUGAAUUGGAUGAUGGAACAUCCAGCUUCUCUCCCUCUGAUUAG